CUUAAUGAAAAUACUGGGGAAAUAUCAAUAGCAAAAAGUCUAGAUUAUGAAGAAUGUUCGUUUUAUGAAAUGGAAAUACAAGCUGAAGAUGGUGGAGGAUUGAAAGGGCGGACAAAAGUGCUCAUUUCGGUAGAAGAUGUAAAUGACAAUAGACCUGAAGUGACCAUUACAUCUCUGUUUAGCCCAGUGAGAGAAGAUGCACCUCAGGGAACAGUAAUUCUUCUUUUCAAUGCUCAUGACCGAGACUCCGGGAAGAAUGGUCAAGUGGUCUGUUCUAUCCAGGAGAAUCUAUCUUUUAAAUUAGAAAAUUCAGAAGAAGAUUAUUAUAGAUUGUUGACAGCCCAAAUUCUUGACCGAGAAAAAGCCUCUGAAUAUAAUAUCACGGUGACUGCAACAGACAGAGGAACUCCACCCCUGUCCACAGAAAUUCACAUCACCCUGCAAGUGACUGACAUCAAUGAUAAUCCACCUGCCUUCUCUCAAGCCUCCUACUCAGUCUACCUCCCGGAAAACAACGCCAGAGGUACUUCCAUCUUCUCAGUGAUUGCCUAUGACCCGGAUAGCAAUGAGAAUUCUAGAAUUAUUUACUCCUUGGCAGAGGAUACCAUCCAAGGGUCUCCUCUCUCCACCUAUGUCUCUAUUAACUCGGACACUGGUGUGCUGUAUGCACUGCGCUCCUUUGACUAUGAGCAGUUUAGAGAUUUGCAAAUGCAGGUGAGGGCAAGUGACAAUGGAAACCCACCACUUAGCAGCAAUGUGUCAUUGAGACUGUUUGUUUUGGACCAGAAUGACAAUGUCCCCGAAAUCCUGUAUCCUGCCUUCCCCACUGACAGUUCUACGGGUGUGGAGCUGGCACCCCGCUCUUCAGAGCCUGGCUACCUGGUGACCAAGGUGGUGGCAGUAGACAGAGACUCAGGCCAGAAUGCUUGGCUGUCCUACCGCCUACUCAAGGCCAGUGAGCCAGGGCUUUUCUCUGUGGGGCUACACACAGGUGAAGUGCGCACGGCUCGGGCCCUGCUAGAUAGAGAUGCGUUCAAACAGAGCCUUGUGGUGGCUGUACAGGACCAUGGCCAGCCUCCUCUCUCGGCCACUGUCACACUCACAGUAGCUGUAGCCGACACUAUCCCAGAUAUCCUGGCUGACCUGGGCAGUCUUCAGAUCCCUGCCGACCUGGAGGCCUCAUACCUUACUCUCUACCUCGUUGUGGCUGUCGCAGUGGUCUCCUGUGUCUUCCUCACCUUUGUUAUCAUGCUGUUGGCCCUCAGACUGCGGGGCUGGCGCUCCUCACGUCUGCUGCGGGCUACAAGUGAUGGGUUGGCUGGUGUGCCCACCUCACACUUUGUGGGUGUAGAUGGGGUUCAAGCUUUCCUACAGACCUAUUCUCAGGAGUUCUCCCACACCACUGACUCAAGGAAGAGUCACCUGAUUUUCCCCCAGCCCAACUAUGCAGACACGCUCAUCAGCCAGGAGAGCUGUGAGAAAAAUGAGCCUUUGUGCAUUUCGGUUGAUUCCAAGUUUCCUAUAGAAGACACCCCUUUGGUUCAGGUGAGUUUUGUUUGUUUGUUUCUUUUCCUUUCUUUCUUUCUUUCUCUCUCUCUUUCUUUCUUUUUUUCUUUCUUUCUUUCUUGACACAGUCUCACUCUGUUGCCCAGGCUGGAGUGCAGUGAUGCUAUCUCAGCUCACUGCAACCUCCACCUCCCAAGUUCAAGCGAUUCUUCUGCCUCAGCCUCCUAAGUAGAGUAGCUGGAACUGCAAGCCUCCCGAGUAAAGUACCUGGGAUACAGGCACGUACCACCACUCCUGGCUAGUUUUUUGCUGUUGUUGUUAUUAGUAGAGACAGGGUUUCAUGUUGGCCAGGCCACUUCCGACCUCAAGUGAUCUGCCCACCUCAGACUCCCAACUGCUUGGAUUACAGGCGUGAGCCACCACGCCUGGCCCUUUACUUUCUAUUAUGGUUGGCUUCUCUUUAACUGUUUGUACUUAAGAUAGUAUAAGUCGAUAUUUCUUGUCUUGUCAUUUUUCACUUGGCCUAAUAUUUGCUCCAGCAUCUAAAGAAGGCAUUUAUUAAUUAUAUUUGCUGAUAAUAACUUUCAUGUUCUCAUGAUAAUUAAUCUACCAUCAAUAUAAACCAUUCUUCAUGGGGCAGCUGCAUUGAUGUGGGCUUUUGGGUAAGGUUGCUUGAUUGGUGCAGUGGACUAACCUCAUAAAAUUCUUACUCCUUUUUUUUUUUUUUAAGAGAUAGGGGGUGUCAUUCUGUUGUCCAGGGUGGAGUGCAGUGGUGUGAGUAAAGCUCACUGCAGCCUCAACCUCCUAGGCUUAUGUAGUCCUCCCACCUUAGCUAUCAGAGUAGCCAGGACUAAGGUGGGAGGGCUAGCAAGCUAUGUUGCCGGAGCUGAUCUCAAACAAUCUUCCCGCUUCAACUUCCCAAAACACUGGUGAGAUGUGAGCCACCUCACCCAGCAAAUUCUUACUCCUAAGAUCAUUUCUGCAGGUCAUACUAUGUUUUUAAGGGUAAAUUGAUAAGGUAAGUGUAUUCUUCUUAGAGAAACAGCUGAAAGCCCAGAUUUAUUGCUUCUACUCUUCCAUUUUUGUGAUAGGGAAACACCCCUUUGAGUUGAUAUUUUUCAGAUCACAAGUGUAUAAAGUCUGUUUGUAUUUAUAGAUAUUUUCUGAGGAAGAUUAAACUUCAGUUAUCCACUUCCAAACCCUAGUAAAGCACGUUUCCCCUUUAAUGGUGAAAGUUGUAACAUCCUUUAUUUUCAUAUCUUCAAAAUUCUUAAUUUCCUAGUGCUGUAAUGUAAAUUAUGGUGAAUAGUUGGACAUUCUUCUUUUCCAUAGCAUAUGCUUUCUCAAGAGAAGUUUCUAAGACUGGUCACUGUGAAAUGACAAAACAAGGAAUUAAAAAUAUUUCUUUCACUU